AUUGAUGACGUAGGAAUGUAUGACUUCAUUUCCCACUCAACAUCACAAGAGAAGUGGUCAUUUCUCAAUCACGAUUUUAGAAUUUGCAGUCAGAUCUCAAAUCCAAUCACACAGGAACGUUGGUCACAGAAAACAGAAAAGAAAGAUGUCGAUGGACAAGCAUCUAUUUAAUCUCAAGUUCGCUGCAAAGGACUUGGAGCGCAAUGCAAAGCGAAGUGAAAAGUCAGAAAAAGAAGAAAAAACCAAAUUAAAAAAGGCUAUCCAGAAAGGUAACCUAGAAGGAGCCCGAAUACAUGCAGAGAACUCCAUCCGCCAGAAGAAUCAGGCCCUCAACUACAGACGCAUGAGUGCAAGGAUCGAUGCUGUGGCUGCCCGGGUACAAACAGCUGUCACCAUGAAACAGGUGACAGGUUCCAUGGCAGGUGUGGUCAAGUCUAUGGAAUCAGCAAUGAAGAGUAUGAAUCUGGAGAAAAUCUCACAGUUGAUGGACCGGUUUGAACAACAGUUUGAGAAUCUGGAUGUGCAGUCACAGGUGAUGGAAGACACAAUGAAUGCAUCGUCCACCCUCAACACCCCCCAGACACAGGUGGAGGGACUGAUGCAGGAGGUCGCUGAUGAGGCUGGUUUGGAAUUAAACAUGGACCUUCCAUCAGCGCAGUCCUCCUUACCUUCUGGAGUAGCCUCAUCAAAUGCUAGUAAUGAACAGGACGAGCUUACGCAGCGACUUGCAAAGUUACGGAAUUGAUCACCAUAAGUCAUCAACUUCAUUGUGAUACAAGCAACUAUAGACUUGACAUUUUAAUGGACGCCUUUGAAUAUAAAGAGUUUUAACUGUAAAAGAAUUACCCGCCCUUAGUCAGAGCUCAAAAGGAUGGCUGCCCUCCUGAUGCCAUUAAACAUGAAGAUUGCUGACCAAGGUUAACCUAGUAAGAGAUGAGGCUUAACAUAAGUAAGCUCCGGCAAUCCACUGGCUCAGACGGUGCUUUGUAACAUUGUUCUGGAUGGAGAGGAUUGUGGUUGUCAAUGUUGAGUAGAAGUAGUUGAGAAAACCUGUGACAUGCAACUUUCAAUUGUAUUUUCUGUUACAAUUUAGUUUUAAAAGUGUUUUCCUUGUAAAAUGUGAAAACAUUUUGGAAAACCAGGGAGCUGUAUAUUAAUUGUUACAAAUAUGCUAACAUUGGUAUUUUCCUGGCCUAUCAAUGCAUAUGCCAUACAGGAACUCUUUUGCGCCCGUUAGUUUGAGUCAUUGUUAGUGCUUUCAGAAAGAUGUAACACAUAUGUGAAAGGAGAAAACCAUUUCCUUUAUCAUUUUCAUUCAUUUCAAACCCUUGAUUUAUAUGAGAAACUGCAAAAUAGCACUAAUAGUGCUCUGUUAAGUUUUGUGAUCUGAGCAGGGUGUUUUUAACAACCCACCAAUGAGCAGUGGUCAAAGGGAGACAAUAGAAUGAUGUAGUAAAGAAAGAUUACAAUACUUUUGCUUCUUUGUACAUUGAUACAGAAAUAUGUUUAUAGAUUCAUGUGCAACAUACAAAGAACAAAUUGGAAAUUGAUGUUUUAGAGACAAUAAUAUUAUUGAUAUAAUUGUGAAACCUUAAAAAUAUUGUAUGUUCAUGUACAGUAUAUAUACCUGAAGGGGAAAUCAUAGUUGAAAUUUUCCACUUUCCUUAAUAUAAAAAUAGUCAUAUGAGUUUCCUAUGUAUAUGAUACUGGUAAAGUCUGAUAGAAAAUGUGAUUCAAUUUGUUAGGGUGAUGUGUGUUUGUAAACUGCUCCACGGAUGUGUGUGAAGUGUGACAGAGUGUGACACAAUCUGUCCUAGUGGUAACUAGUUACUGGUAUACUGCACCAUGGAUGUGUGUGAAGUGUGACAGAGUGUGACACAAUCUGUCCUAGUGGUAAUUAGUUACUGGUAUACUGCUCCAUGGAUGUGUGUGACGUGUGGCAGAGUGUGACACGAUCUGUCCUAGUGGUAACUAGUUACUGGUAUACUGCACCAUGGAUGUGUGUGAAGUGUGACAGAGUGUGACUCACUCUGUCCUAGUGGUAACUAGUUACUGGUAUACUGCACCAUGGAUGUGUGUGAAGUGUGACAGAGUGUGACACAAUCUGUCCUAGUGGUAAUUAGUUACUGGUAUACUGCUCCAUGGAUGUGUGUGACGUGUGGCAGAGUGUGACACGAUCUGUCCUAGUGGUAACUAGUUACUGGUAUACUGAUCCAUGGAUGUGUGUGAAGUGUGACAGAGGGUGACACAAUCUGUCCUAGUGGUAACUAGUUACUUGUAUACUGAUCCAUGGAUGUGUGUGAAGUGUGACAGAGGGUGACACAAUCUGUCCUAGUGGUAACUAGUUACUGGCAUACUGCUCCAUGGAUGUGUGUGAAGUGUGACAGAGUGUAAAACACUCUGUCCUAGUGGUAACUAGUUACUGGUAUACUGCACCAUGGAUGUGUGUGAAGUGUGACAGAGUGUGACACAAUCUGUCCUAGUGGUAAUUAGUUACUGGUAUACUGCUCUAUGGAUGUGUGUGAAGUGUGACAGAGUGUGACACAAUCUGUCCUAGUGGUAAUUAGUUACUGGUAUACUGCUCCAUGGAUGUGUGUGAAGGGUGACAGAGGGAGACACAAUCUGUCCUAGUGGUAACUAGUUACUGGUAUACUGCUCCAAAGACUUGUGUAAAUGUAUACAACAUGAAGAUUGGUGCAUUAAACAAAUUCACACUUUUUUUCAUUUUAAUGAUUAGAAAAUUUCUUCCUCAGUUAUUUAUGAAUUCUAUCAAACUUCACCUUUGAAUUUCUGUUACAGCUGUACAAAGUAAUGAGAGCAAAUUGGUUUCUGAAACAUCUAAUUUGACUGUUUCAAGAGAAAUAACUUUUGCAAUAUUAAAUAAUUCAUUUCACCUGUGUAGGCCACUACUAUAUAUUUUGUAAUCAUACAUACAUUUGUGUAUGUAGUAACUUAUGUAUUAUAAAUUCAUGAAAUUGUUGAAUAAAUCUUGAACUCAG